AUGCGCUUCACCACCUUCGCCGCCGUGCUCGCAACCGCCGCCACCGUGUCGGCGACGCUCGACCCGUGCACAACCAACACCAAGGGCAAGGUGCCCAAGAGCCCGGCGUGCUCGGCGACCAAGAAGUCGACCAACAUUCAGGCCGCCGAGUGCUCGCACAACACGCGUGUCUCCGGCACCCAGACCUUCGCCGUCUGGACUCGCACCAAGACCAACUCCAACGGCAUCUCGUACGGAACCUGCGAGGCCUACACUUGCACCGCCCCCACCGACAGCCAGCUCACCGCCAACACCGACGGCUGGACCUUCUUCUGGAAUGACAACGGCGAAUCUAGCGGCGUGGGCACUGGGUGCAUCCGUGAUCCUAACACCACUGAGUGCGGUUGCGAGAACUCGGACGGCGAGUUCAUCGUCGGCAGCGACUCUUGCAAAUAG